GCGAGUUCUGGAGAUCCAGGGCAGCGGUGUUAGAGAGCAGUCAACGGCGAAGUGUGUCAAACUGAAGCUGUGACUGGACUGGAUUUUCAAGGAAUAUUAUUUUAUUUAUUUGGACUUUUACACUGAGACCUGUUUUGAAGCAAGCCUCCUAUGCGAAAAAGAAGAUUUGCUGAAGUUGUCAGAAAUCCGAGUGUCCGUCUGCAUUCUCUCAGUGGACCCACCAUGAGGAUGGGGUGAUUUGUUCGUGUUUUACUUCACAACAUUAAACCCAAGUCCGAUGUCUAAAGACCUGGAUUCCAAACCGUACUUGUUCUCCUCCUUGGAGGGGCAGGACGGAGCAAUCGGCUGCAGCUCAAUGGCGACGCUUCAUCGUAUGGCCAGUUUCGCAGAAGGCACUGAACUGGGCCUGGCAUCUGAAGGCAGCGACAGCAGCCAGGACCGUCCAACCUCGGGCCACAACACCCGGAAGAUGAGUCAUUCCCUACAUGAGGAUGUGGAGAUGAAGAGUAGCAGCGGGUCCAGCGGGAGCGGAACAGAGUCUCAUGGCAAUGAGUCUCAUGGUAAUGAAUCCCACGGAAAUGAAUCUCAUGGCAAUGAGUCUUCUGGGAGUUCCAAUAGCCGAAGCAAGGACUCAGCACUACUGGUGUCAUCGGGAAGCAACAAGAGCUCCAACUCUCACAGUCCAUCUCCACCCAGCAGCACAAAUGCUUUCAGUCUUCUGAGCGCCAGUUCAGAACAGGACAAUCCGUCCACCAGCGGCUGCAGUAGUGAAGAAUCUGCAAAAGCCAAGACGCAGAAAGAGUUGAUCAAAACUCUGAAAGAGCUGAAGCUUCAUCUGCCUGCAGAGAAGAGAAACAAAGGCAGCAAAUCCACCACACUCAACACUCUUAAAUACGCCCUGCGCUGCGUCAGACAGGUGGAGGCAAAUGAAGAGUAUUAUCAGCUGCUCAUGAUUAAUGACAGUCAGCCAUCAGGGCUUGAUGUCUCAUCAUAUACUAUAGAGGAGAUCGACAGCAUAACCUCUGAAUACACCCUCAAAAACACUGAUAUCUUCGCAGUGGCCGUGUCUCUCAUCACUGGGAAGAUCGUCUAUAUUUCAGACCAGGCCGCCUCCAUCCUCAACUGCAAGCGGGACGUCUUCAAGAAUGCCAAGUUUGUGGAGUUUCUUACACCACAGGACGUCAGUGUGUUCUACAGCUUCACCACACCAUACAGGCUGCCCUCAUGGAGCAUGUGCACUGGCGCAGACUCGUCCCCGUCAGACUGCAUGCAGGAGAAAUCCUUCUUCUGUCGUAUUAGCGGCGGUAAGGAGUGUGAGGCAGAUCUGCAGUAUUAUCCCUUCAGAAUGACUCCGUAUCUGAUGAAGGUUCAGGAUAUGGAGCAUUCAGAGGAUCAGUUCUGCUGCCUCCUGCUGGCCGAGAGAGUGCACUCCGGCUACGAAGCUCCCAGAAUCCCCACAGACAAGCGAAUCUUCACCACCACACACACUCCCAGCUGUGUGUUUCAGGAUGUGGAUGAGCGGGCUGUUCCGUUACUAGGAUAUUUACCACAGGAUUUAAUCGGCACACCUGUCCUUCUCCAUCUGCAUCCGAAUGAUCGGCCAACCAUGCUCGGCAUCCACAGGAAGAUCCUGCAGUGCGCCGGUCAGCCUUUUGACCAUUCGAUCCGCUUUUGUGCUCGUAACGGAGAGUACAUCACCAUCGACACCAGCUGGUCCAGCUUCGUCAAUCCCUGGAGCCGCAAAGUUUCCUUCGUCAUCGGCAGACAUAAAGUUCGCAUGGGUCCGGUGAAUGAAGACGUGUUUGCAGCUCCGGCUACUGCUGAAGGCAAAUGCGUGGAUUCUGACAUCCAGGACAUCACCGAGCAGAUCCACAGACUCCUGCUGCAGCCGGUGCACAAUAAUGGUUCAAGUGGCUAUGGCAGUCUGGGCAGUAAUGAUCACCUGCUGAGUGUGGCGUCAUCCAGUGAAAGCAAUGGUAACGGGACACGACAGAGACAUGAAGAAGAGGACAUCAGGAAAGCCAAACCGAGGAGCUUUCAGGAGAUCUGCAAAGGCGUUCACAUGCAGAAAAACCAGGAGCUGCAGUCCAAGAAAAGCCCUACUAAGUUUGUUCAGAAAAGUCCAGUGGUUCGACCGAAAGACUCUGCAUAUCCAGUGAACUGGAGAGAGUCUCAGGAGGAGCAGCGAGCGGCGGUGCAGGAGGAGCUGGCCUUCAAAGACCAGACUGUCUACUCCUAUCAGCAGAUCAGCUGCCUGGACAGCGUCAUCCGCUAUCUGGAGAGCUGUAACGUGCCCAUUACAGUGAAGAGAAAGUGCCAAUCCUCCUCCAACACCACGUCCUCAAACUCAGACGAGGACAAGCAGAGGAACGCUGACAGCUCCAUGCAAGUCUCUGAAGAGCCGGCUCAUCUGAAGGAGCAGUCAGGUCUGUCAACAUUAGAGGUGUCGAAAAAGCCUCCAGGCUCAGGUGUAGUGAGUCCGUCUCUGACUCCUCUGGCUCUGCCCAGUAAGCCUGAAAGCGUGGUCUCCAUCACCAGCCAGUGCAGCUACAGCAGCACCAUUGUACACGUGGGAGACAAGAAAGUCGUGUCGUCAACAAGACACAUCUCUACAAAGCAAGAAUACUCUUCCAAACUCCAAAAGAUCAUUGAAGAUGUUCCCAGCGCUGAAGGCACAGAUGUUCAAGGUCUCGCCGUCCCUCCGGCCGCAGUUUCGCCUCAGAAUCAGGAGCGAGAGGCGUAUAAGAAACUGGGUUUGACCAAGCAGGUUCUGGCGGCUCACACGCAGAAGGAGGAGCAGGCGUUUCUCAGCCGCUUCAGAGAGCUGAGAGGGGUCCACGCUUUUAAAGCAGACUGCUCCCUCUAUCUGGAGAGGCAGAAAGGACAGGUCACGUCUGAAGCAGUCCCUGCUGCUCGCUCAUGCAAGGCUGGAGGUGGCGGCGCACAGGAGACCACCACAACCCGCAGGGGGCGCAACAAAAAGACCAAAUCCAAGCGAGUAAAGCCGAAUGAGUCGUCAGACAGCACUCCAUCAGGCCGUAGACCUGCACACAGACCUCAGCUCCAGGGCCUUAACCAGACGUCCUGGUCUCCCUCAGACACGUCCCAAUCCACAUUCCCUAUCGCCUAUCCUGCCGUGAUGCCUGCGUAUCCGCUACAGAUGUACCCAGGAGCUGGUGGUAUGCAGCCCAGAGUGGACCCUCCAAUGCCAGGCUUUGGGGAAAGUCAAUGCGCACCAGAUCCACGCAUCCCAAUGCAGCCCAUCCAGACGCCAUAUUCUGCUCCACUAGUCACGCCGAUGGUGGCGCUGGUGCUGCCUAACUACAUGUUUCCACAGGUGGGCAGCGCUCCACGCCAGGCUUUCUACCCCCCAAAACAGGGACCAUUCCCCACCCAGCCCACCUUUCAGACUCAGCCUGGUUUCACACCGCAGGCUUCAUUUCCCCCGCAGUCGACGUUUACAAUACAAACACAGUUCACCUCCCAAAACCCCUUCAGCUCACAGCCUACAUUCCAGCCUCAGCCAUUUCCAUUCGCAUGUCCUGAAGACCCACCCAAAGCACCUGAGCCGGAGCUGAGGGAGGAGCAAUCCCGAAGCCCCACCCCUCAGUCAAUGGGUGGAGGCGGACCUCCAUCUCCACCUCUGUUCCAGUCACGGUGCAGCUCGCCCCUACAACUCAACCUGCUCCAGCUGGAGGAAACGCAGCGCUCGGCUGACAGACAGGAGAACACAGCGCCAUCUGCUGUACCACUGAACAACUGCAGUACAGGGGUGGAGAAAGCGGGCAGCGUGACUGCUCAAAGCAAACCUGUUAAGGAUGUGGUGCAGGAUGAAGGAUCACCUGUGGAUGGUCAACACAGCGAUGCGCUCUCUUCAUCAAGUGACCUGCUGGACAUCCUGCCGGAGGACUCGCGCUCGGGCACCGGCUCUGCCACAUCUGGCUCCAUGGGUUCAGGAUCAAACCGCUGUGGGACGUCUGCCAGCGGAGGAUCUGCCAGCAGAACUGAAAGCAGCAACAAGAGCAACAACAGCAGUAACUACUUUGGCAGUGUGGAUUCCUCCCAGAAAUCCCACAAGGCCAAGGGUCAGGGCUCUGGUGUGCUGGCUCUGGACGGCAGUGAGAAUCUGAUCAAGUAUGUCCUGCAGGACCCGCUCUGGCUGCUCAUGGCCAACGUGGACGAAGAUGUAAUGAUGUCAUACCAGUUGCCUUCUCGAGACAUCCAGAAGGUGCUGUGGGAGGACCGAGAGAAGCUGCGUCAGAUGCAGAAGAGUCAGCCGCGCUUCACAGACGAGCAGAAGAGAGAGCUGGCCGACGUGCAUCCCUGGAUGAGGAGAGGAGGACUGCCUAAAGCCAUCGACAUCAAGGCGUGCAUGGGCUGUGAGGAGCUCAGUGAAGCUCUGAAUGAAGACGAUCCUCCAGAUCUGCACAUGGGAGAAGCAGAAAACAGCGACGUCACUGCUGCUCCAAACUCACAAGAACUUCAAGAACCUCCAAACUCGCCAACGCACAGCUGUCCCGGUCCAGACACCUGAACUGAAGCUCAGCCAUGAGGGACCUUCAGCACCACAGACCUCCAGGAAGACUCUCGCUCGCUCCGCUCCUGUACAGAGACAGUGUAAGUACUGCAGUGAGAGAGAGAGAGAGCGAUCGGGUGUCUCCAAAGCCAGACUCUGUGCUGUUCGAUGACCAUUACUGUUAGAGUGAGCGGAUCACUUUCCUCUUCAGUGUUUCUCCUGUUGUCCUGUACAUGUACAGACUAACUUAUUUCCUUCUUGACAGAACUUUGUUUUGUACUAUUUUGUAUAAAUGUGUGCUGUUUUCUCCUCUGAAAAGCACUCAUAAUGGAUCUGCUGGUGUUUGCUAGUUGUGUUGUUGAAUAGGUUUCUGAAUUCCUUUCGCAUUCACAAUUCUUCGCUGAGGACUUGUGAGUUAUUUAUUGAAUUAGGGCAGUGGAAUUGUGUCCUAACACAACAUCUGAUCUCUUCGCUUGAGCAGUUGUAGCUCAUUUAAGAUGUUUAGUGAAUGCAUUAGGUGAAUUGAUCUGAAAAGUGUUUCAGAUGAGAGUUCUGGUGCUAUGUUCUCGAUCAGGCCGGCUGCCUGAUCAUCUGUUGCGAUAUUGAACCUCAGUGUUAGAGUUCUCUUUUAUAAAGCGAGGUGUAAGUGAUGGUGGUUUAACUGAUCUCACAGACUGUCCAUGUGUCAACCUGCUGUGAAGCCACAGUUACCAAUAAACAGCCGAAACAGAGAGGCACCUUAUUCGGGAGAUUACAAUAUGCCAUUGGAGGGUCUCCAUUUGAAUAGUACUUCAAAUACCAGUGGUGAGGUCAAUUUGAUAUGAAGCUUUAAAGGUUUAGAAAUCUAUUUUACAACGUUUAGCACACGUUUAAAAGAAAUAUGCUUGCAUUCUGUCACUUUGGAAGCUGUGCAGCCAUCUGUGAUGUGUCUUACGCUGCCUGUUUGUUUAAUAAAGUGAAUUUAAAAUAAAAUCUAUUUUUUAGAAAUGUA